UCUCAAACAAGCAUUAUAUCAAACACCUUGGAUUCAUUCAUACUCUCCACACAAAAACAUAGAGAGAGAGAGAGAGAGAGAGAGAGAGAGAGAGAGAGAGAGGAGGUGUCGGCAUUAGCUUUGGGACCCAAAUUUUAUUCAUCAAAUCCUCCCCACUUCCACCCUCCACUUCCAUGUGCUGUCCCCUGUUUUUUCAGCUCCAAUGUGAAGAAUUUUGAAGAACAGAGUUCAAAGAUUGAAUCAAUUCAGUGACACCAUCAACCUUUGAAUCUCUCUCUAUGGAUUCAAGAACUCGUCUUGAUCAUGCUUUGUUUCAACUCACUCCAACCAGAACCAGAUGCGAUCUCGUUAUCUUUGCCGGUGGUGCCAAUGAGAAACUUGCCUCUGGACUGCUUGAACCCUUCCUUUUGCAUCUCAAAUAUGCCAAAGAUCAGAUUCUGAAAGGUGGGUAUUCGAUUACUCUUCGACCGCCAUCGAUCAAUGCUUCUUGGUUCACCAAAGCCACUCUACAAAGAUUUGUGUGUUUUGUCAACACACCCGAGAUUCUUGAGAGAUUUGUUACAAUUGAGAGAGAGAUUGAACAGAUUGAGAGUUCUAUUCAAUCAAAUGAACAGACAAUUGGGGAUGCUAUUCCUGGAAAUUACUCCAAAAAGUCAACUGCUUCCUCUAAGUCAAAAGGUGAAUCCAGUGGAGCCAGUGAUACUGUACAGGAAGAAAGUUCCAAGGUUCGUCUUCAACGUGUUCUUGAAACUCGGAAGGCGGUACUCAGGAAAGAGCAAGCAAUGGCCUAUGCCCGUGCUUUAGUUGCAGGAUUUGAGAUGGACUACAUAGACGAUCUGAUAUCUUUUGCUGAUGCUUUCGGAGCUUCUCGUUUAAGGGAAGCCUGCAUAAAUUUCAUAGAACUGUGCAAGAAAAAGAACGAUGAUGGGCUUUGGAUGGAUGAAGUAGCAGCAAUGCAGGCAUACUCUCACUCAGAAUUUCCAUACUUGGGAAGCUCUGGAAUCAUACUUUCUGGUGAAGAUAAUGAUCAUAGUCAAGGAAUCAUGAUAAAUGUCCCUAGCAAGAAACAAGAUGGAUCCAUAGAUGCGUCAACAUCUGACUCAACCAUCAGUCAUGGAAGUUCAGAUGUUAACCAAGAUAAUAGCAUGCCAAAACCAGCACAGGUGCAAUCAAUGGAUGGGAAGGCACAAGUACCAAUGUCAUGGCCAAACAAUGUUCCUCAAUACAUGCACAAUUUUCCGGGUUCUGUAUUUCAACAAAUGCCACCACCAUAUCAAGGAUACAUAUUUCCUGGUAUGCAGGUAGCCCCUCCAUAUUAUCCAGGAAAGAUGCAAUGGCCUCCAAAUAUGGAAGAUUCUGGUAUGGGCCUUGAUCAGGAUCCAGAUGAUCAUCGAAAUCGCAAAUCAUCUUCCAGAAAGAAAGAGAGAUCUUCGCAUAGAAAAAGAUCACAAACUUUAGAACAAGAUGAUUAUUCUGAGCCCAGUGAUUCCAGUUCUGAGAGUGAUUCAGAUGAACAUCUGCAGCAUGGGAAAAAACUUUCUUCCACUGAACAGGUACAGAGAAAAAAGCAUGGGAAAAGAUCAUCAAGAAAGGUUGUUAUCCGCAAUAUUAAUUAUAUCACUUCAAAGGGAGAUGGAGAAAAGGGCAGUGCUUCCGAGGAUUCGUCUGAUGAACAUGAAUCCAUCAAUGCAGAAUCACUUAAGCAGCAGGUAGAGGAAGCUGUCGGGUCACUUGAGAGGCACCAUAAAUCAACUUCCCGUAAUAACAAGAAACGAGAUGACAGCAAACGCCAUAGCAUUGUGAAUGGAUCAAAUACUGCUACCGAGCAGGAAAAUGAGAAUGUUGUGGCAAAUAACUCUGGAGGAGGGAAAACGAAUGAGACUUGGGAUAUUUUCCAGAAUCUCCUUAUGAGGGAAACUGAUUCAAUAUCUAAUGGUAUAGAUGCUCACGCAUUCAAGAUACAGGAAGAGCAUGUUACAAAUAAGAACUCCAAGGAAGGAAUACCAUUUGCACUUGGCACGGAUUCGGAGGUAGUGACAAAACAUCUUGCUUCAACUGAUUCCUUUAUUGUGACUGGCAGGGAUACAAGUAAUGAAGCUAAAAUCCAUGUUGAGAACUUUGAAGCAAGGGAUAAUCCUCAGCCAAUUAUUAAGAAAAGAGACAGCGCAUAUGAGGAGUUGUUAUUUUCACAGCGAACUGAAGCAUCAGAAAAGCACUCCUCAGUUGCUUUAUCUGAUUAUGCAACUCAAUCUUCUGCCAUGAAGACCCAAAAAGGAGGAGAUUGGUUUCCUGGUAACCAACCAGAUAAGUCUCAAGAUGCAAGUACACGCCACAAUAUCUUUGAUGGUGAUUUCACGUCAUCAUCCAUGGGUGAUCAUUCCCAGCUUGAGAAGAAUAAGAAAGAUGUUCUUAUUGAUGACUCUUUCAUGGUUCAUGCUCAUUCAAUGGACAAUGACCCAUCUGAUUCUCAACUGAAGACAGACAUAUAUAUGGUGUCAGAGAUUGUUGGAGAUACCCAACCAAAAAUAAGCCUGCAAGAUAAUUCACAAGAGAAGGUUGAAGCUACUGGUAUCGUUGAACCAGAUGACCUCUUCAUGGUGCUUGGACGGAAUUCAGAUGAGGGUCAAGUUGUGGCAUCUUGGAAUCCAGAAAUGGAUUAUGAAAAAAAUAAUUCAUUGACAAAAUCUGUUCAAAGUCUCCCUAAUGUAGAACUAACUGAUGGUGUUGACCCUAAACCAUCCUCUGGUAAUAAGGGAACCAACGGUAAAGCUAGUGGAGCUCCUGGAGGAAAAGCCUCAAGUAAAGAAGCAAGAUCUAAAACCUCAGUUGGAUCUCUUGGAAGAAGCAAACCUGAGAUUGUAUCAAGGAGUAAAAGGCCCGUCUCUGGAAGCAGAAUUGGAAUGCAGAAGAGCAAAUCUGAGAAGGACGAAGAAAGUAAAAAGAAAAUGGAGGAACUACUGAUUCAGCGUCAAAAGAGAAUUGCUGAAAGAAGUGCUGCUCGUGGUUCAGCAACAUCUAAGAGGACCUCAGAAGAGAACAAGACAUCACUAGUUUCCAUGAAAAAUGAGAAGCCUAAACUUCAGUCCCCAAAGGAGACAGAGAAAUUACAAAAGCCCAUUCUUAGGAAUUCCACCAUAGAUCGUCUUGCAGCUGCAAGGGUGACUCCCAAGCUGUUAUCAACUGAAGCAAAAUCCAGCCAAACUAGAAAAGCAAUCUCGAAGACAUCUGGAACUGAGAACAAGAAACCAGGUACUAAUAGGGUCAAUUCUUCAGAUAAAACAAAUGGCCCUAAGAAUUCAAAUGGGUUACUUUCUUCUGACUCUGGCACCCAAAGGAAGAAGGAUAGUGCAGAUGCCGCAAUAGCAUUUCCAGCAGAGUUGAGCACUGGACGAGCAACUAAACCAUCUGAUGCAAUUGAUGACUCUGCAAAUAUCAAGGAGUUGCAUAGCAUAUCUUCAAUUGAGAAGGAUGAAGUAAAUAGGGUUCUGGAAAGAGACACUUCAGAUGAUAUGAGCUCUAGUAGGAAUUCACCUAAUGGAGACUUUUCCAUUCAUAUUCAAGAUUACUCUGCACAACUGGAUAACUUGAAAGGUGAUAGUGAGGUAACAUCAAAAGCCUCUCCAGUUCUUGAAGACGUGACUGUCUCUAAUGGCCAUGUUCAAUUUGUCCCUGAGGUGACUAUACAUCCAUUACCACCAUCACCUAAGAAAGCUUUGAACUCCACUGCCUUGCACAUUGAUGAGGAUGGUGAGGCAAAAGAAAAAUUUUCUGUCUCACCUGAAAUUUCUGUUGUAGAAAUGUCAACACCACCCCCAAAAGAUAAAAUGGCCCCAGAACCAAUCCACUCCCGGAAGAAAUGGAAUAGUGAUGAAAAUUCUCCAAAAGCUACAAAAGGGUUCAGAAAGCUUCUCUUGUUUGGUCGGAAAACCCGGAACACGCCAACCUAUUGAACUCAUGGAUCCUUAUCGAUUGUUUUAUGUCAAAUGCUUAUUUUUAAACACCAUUUCAUAAUUCUUCUGGCUCAGAUUAGGAGUGAGAGGAAAACCCACCCAAUGAAUUGUUUGAUUGUCCAGCCAGUGCUUGCCCUGUGGCUGCUGAAUGGGAAAGGCUAGAUAGCUCCAACUCAUAAUAAGGCUUUUUGUGUUGCUGCCAUGGAGUCAUUUUGUAAGUUAUCUCUGAUUUCGAGAAAGUUGUGAGUUGUAAUCCCUUUGUUGGUAUACCCUGUGAAUUUGGAUUGAUAUACCUUGUGAAUCUUGUUUGUAUCACUUGUAACUUUUGUUCAUGUUAUGUUUAUUUUGUAUUGAAAACCAUGUAAUGUUCCAUUUUUUCAUUACAUUUUUUUUUCUUUGCAAAA